UAAACUGUCCUUUGUGAGGCUGAUAAUGUUAUAGGAGUGUAAUUGGUGAAGUACUCUUUUAAUGCUUCGUAAUAACUGUUCACAAGGGCCUGCAUUUUGUUUGUCUUAUAUCUCUAUAGAUUACAUGGAUUACGCUCCUAUCAUGCAUAAUUUUUCCACGCUCCAUCUUCCUCUCAAACUCUGAAAGAGCUGUGGGUGGAGAACCCUUAUCAGAUUAACUGGUUGUUCAGGCGAGUGUAUAAAUAUUGGACAAACUGUGAAGGUCAGUUCAAACCUGCACACUGAUUAACUGAGGUGAGUUACAAAAAGUACAGGUUUCAAGUUUGGUCUGGUAAGUAGGUUAUAAGAACAGUGAAUUGAUUUCCACCAAUUGUAGUAAUUUCUAAAUAUGUCAGGAAUGUCUUACAGCAGUUAUCGUAAAUGUGGGAUUAAUUGUUCACUUUCUCCACAGGUAAUUUGUUAGAACACAGCUCUACACCAAUGGCAAUGUUUGGGAAGGUUUUAGAGCCUGUGGGCUAUAUGCAAACUGUGAGAGUCCUGGUCCAAGGCAUUUGCUCCUAUCUGGGCGGCAGCGCCACGGCAGAGGAGACUGAGGUGUCCAAGAAGAACUUGGACCACAUCGAUCAGGAGCUGGGAGAAUCAGGUCACGGCCUGUUGGAUGACCAGGAGGUCCACCGACUGGAGGAUGACCUGGCAGUGGUCUACUACCAGCUUGGCACAGCGGUGAGGGCCCAGUCAGAAUUCACCAAGAAGGAGACGGAGGUGUUUCUGCAGUAUGUGCAGGACUACCGGCUGGAGAGGCAGCUGACAGCUCUCUACAACCGUAUGAUGGGAGUGUCGGCGCUGACCGACCAGCCCACGCUGCUGGAGGAGCUCAUACUGAGCCGCAAGCCCAAACGCUGGGAGCUGAGGGAGUUCUGCGUCAAGGUAAACUUUGUUCUGGGCACUGGUCUGCUGUGCCUCUUCACGCAGGCUUCUCUAACAGGGAGAGAUCAGGCUCUGCUGAUGAAGACCUGGUCUGACCGCAUGGGUGCCCUCUACAGGAAGAUGAAGAACACAGGAGGCCGCUGCUUAGGCUAUUUCCUGGAGCAGGCCCAGGAGGAUAUACGGCAGCAGCUCCAUGAGGCUGUGCAGAACCGCGCUCCCCCUGAAGAUGCGGCGGCGAGCAUCCUGAAGACCCUAGAGAAAAACUACGACUGGCUGCGCUGGGCAGUGAUGCUCCACCCUGCUGUGGGAUCCAUGGAGGAUGAGAAGGACGAGGAGGCACAGGAGCAAAAGGAAGAAAAGGAAGAAAAGGAAGAAAAGGAACAUGUGUUGGCAGAACAGCAGCCCAGCAAUUUACUUUCUGUGGCAUCUGAAGCACCAAUCCCGCAUGUGGUGGCGUGCUACCGUGACACACCCACUUCGCUGGACAAGAGCCGCAUCCACCAGCUCAUCGUGGACCUGGAGUGGAAGAUCCCCAACCCGCCACCUGAGGUGUAUGCUUCCAUUGAGGAAGACCCGGGCAGGGCGCGGCGUUACCUGGCCUCACGCAUGCUGAAGAAGCUGCAGGAAGGGCUGGGAUCUGGUGUUGCCGUCCAUGUGGUGCCAGGCAGGAUGGAGAUGAAGUGCAACUUCCCUCCAGCCUCCUACUACCUCUACGAGUACAAACACCGACUGGCUUCGGGCACCGUGUGUGUGUUCGGAUGAAAGAGAAAAGAGGAGGAAACAA